CGCUAACGUGCGCCCCUGCCAUGGACGUGGUCCUCUCACCCUCUUUCUCUGUACUACAAAGAUGAAGGAAAAAAAUAAAAAUAAAAAAAAAUAAAAGGAAAGAAAAUCGAGAUAUUUCGGAAGUCAUGGAUCGGAUCUUGAAAGCUGCGAGAACUUCCGGAUCUCUCAAUCUCUCAAACCGCUCCCUCAGGGAAGUGCCCAGUGAGGUGUAUAGAAAUUUGGAUGCAGUCGGGGAGGGUGAAAAAUGGUGGGAGGCUGUGGAACUACAAAAGCUUAUUUUGGCUCAUAACGACAUUGAAGUAUUGAAAGAAGACAUAAGAAAUUUACCGUUGUUGACUGUUCUCAAUAUCAGUCACAACAAGCUUUCCCACCUUCCUGCUUCUAUAGGAGAGCUCACUGUGCUAAAAUCACUAGAUGUGUCGUUUAACUCAAUUGCCAGUCUACCUGAAGAGAUUGGCUCAGUAACUUCCCUAGUCAAGCUUGAUUGCUCAAACAACCAACUUAAAGAACUCCCAAGCUCCCUUGGAAGGUGCACCGAUUUGUCAGAACUUAAGGCAUCCACUAAUUGCUUAACCAGACUGCCGGAAGAUUUGGCGAACUGUUCAAAAAUGGUGAAAUUGGAUGUCGAGGGAAACAAGCUGACAAUGUUGUCUGAGAAUAUGCUCAUAUCAUGGCCCAUGCUAACUGAACUCAAUGCUGCAAAAAAUUUGCUUAGCACUAUUCCAGAUAACAUUGGAGUCCUUUCACGGCUUAUUCGCCUCGACCUCCAUCAGAAUAGAAUUUCAUCUAUUCCAUCAUCAAUCAUGGGUUGCCAUUCCCUGGCAGAGUUUUAUAUGGGAAACAAUAUGCUAUCUUCAUUACCGGCAGAGAUAGGGGCCCUUUCUGUCUUAGGGACAUUUGAUCUUCACUCGAAUCGGUUGAAGGACUAUCCAGCGGAGGCCUGCAAACUUCGUUUGUCUGUCCUCGAUUUGUCAAAUAAUUCAUUGUCUGGUUUGCCACCUGAAAUUGGCACGAUGACUAGUCUUAGAAAGCUUUUGCUUACUGGAAAUCCUUUGCGGUCUCUUCGAAGCUCGUUGGUUUCAGGACCUACACCUGCCCUAUUGAAAUAUCUGCGCAGUAGGCUCUCUAUUGAUGAAGGCAAGUUUUCAGGAUCUGCUACCACCACCUUGAAAGACGAUCAUAUUUCCAUGGCAGCUCGAUUGUCAAUCUCUUCAAAGGAACUUUCUUUAGCUGGGUUAGGCUUGAACAGUAUCCCACCAGAAGUAUGGGAUUCACGUGACAUUGUAAAAGUUGAUCUCUCAAGGAAUUCCAUUCACGAGCUACCGAAUGAGCUUUCCUCCUGUUCCUCACUCCAGGCUUUGAUUUUGUCCGGAAACAAGAUAAAGGAAUGGCCAGGUGCAGUUUUAGCUUCACUUCCUAAUCUUUCAUGUUUGAAGCUGGACAAUAACCCCCUGGCACAGAUUCCAUCAAAUGGCUUUCAAUCUCUUUCCAAGCUUCAAAUUCUGGAUUUGAGCGGCAAUGCGGCUUCCUUACCAGUGCCUUCUCCUCUCUCUAGUUUGCCACAGUUGCAGGAGCUAUACCUCAGGCGCAUGCUGUUGAAAGAAGUCCCAUUGGAUAUCCCAAGCUUACUACAACUACGGAUUCUUGACUUGAGCCAGAAUUCCAUUCUAUCGGUACCUAAGGAACUCAAGAAUUUAACCUCUCUCACUGAGCUUUAUCUGUCUGACAACAACAUCGCAGUACUUCCUCUGGAGCUGGGAUUACUCGAGCCCAGCCUACAGGUCUUGAAACUUGACGGGAAUCCUUUGAGAAGCAUUCGGCGGGCUAUUUUAGAUCGAGGAACCAAAGCCAUAGUGAAAUAUCUGAAAGACAAAAUUCCAGAACAGUAGUUGGGUUGCCAUUUUCUCGUGAGUGCUUUGCUUUCCUGCGUCAUUUGCUUUCUCCUUUUUCUGGAUUGGAGGAAAUGUGUGAUCUUCCAUGUGAGCCUUUGCAGUGUCCUCAGGCCCUAAGUUCAUGGGGUCUGGGGUUCAGUGGCCCAGACCGUUGAGCUGAUGGAUCGCCAUGGAUGGGCCAGGACCCAAAAAUCCAACCAUUGGUUUUCUUUUUUCCCAUUGGCUGUGGUUCAUUGUUGUAUUUUCUUGUUUAACUAUAUGUUUGUGGCCUUCAAUGGUUAGGAUUGUCCCGUCAGUGAGACUUUUGGGCCCAUCCAUUGACUGGGGUCCAUCAGAUCUGGAUGACGGAAUCAUGGGCCAUGCUUUGCACAAGUUCGAGGCCAGGAGAUGAUAUAAUUCCUCAUUUUGUUAUGAUGGUGUUUGAUGAUUAAAAAGAGAAAAAAAGAAAAAAAGUGAAGAGUGUUUGUAAUUGUAUUAAUGUGUGAAACGAUUUGAGAAAGAAAACAAAUUGUAUUAAUGUGAGAAUUUAUGGGUUUGCUUGUCCA